AGUAAGGGGUUUUUUCAGUUCACUUUAAACAAGUGUAAUUUGAAAAGCGAUUGACGUCAAUCGUAACUUCUUUCCAGACGCGCAGCAGGAGCGUUUGUUUGAGCAAGUGGCGGCUUCGAAAGAUUUCCGUUGAAACAGAUGUGUAGCGUUGGGUUAAUGUUCCGUUUUUCCUGUAAGCUAGUGAACAAAUUAUGCUGCACCUUGUUUUAUGCAUUUCGGAAUUAGUAAGCGUUUUUGUUUACAAAUCGUAUGGUUUAUGUAAUCGAAAUUAGCUUUAUUGACUGUAACCAAAAGCUUCAUGGAAAAUUCCCAUUCAAUACUAGCCUUGCCAAACUGUUGCAAGCUUUAUUUGCAAAUGUGUAGUGGCAUAUGUAACACCAUCUGCGUCAACAGCGGAUCUGCGAUCGUUGGAGCAGGGUACUGAGUGAAGAUCCGAAAUGCUUCUGCCUAUCAAAUACACGUCAAAGUGUGGUGUCUAAGUGCAAGUAACAAUUAUGGUAGCUAAAUCGCUCCUUUUCAGGCUGUGUAUGGUGCUCUUAGCGCUUAGUAGCAUCGAUGGUAAUGAAUGUGUGAAGAAAUUGACUUUUCAUGUGCAUAGCCCGCUAACAAAAUUCCCAUUCGGUGCAGCCUAUUCACAGCAGGUGUAUGUCGCGUUUUUGCAUCCACUCAAUUUCUUCGAGUCGUGGCAAGAGUGUAACAUUAACGGUGGAUAUUUGGCUUCGAUCGAAUCGCCGGCAGAGCAGGCCCUGGUGGAGAAAGCGAUGGCCAAAGCACGGAACCAAACGGCCGUCUAUUACGUUGGAGGCACGGCCAUCGGGCGCGAUGGUCGUUGGAUGUGGAUCGGGUUGAACAAAGAGUUUGCGCACCGUGGCUACAGGAACUUCUAUCACGAUGAGCUGAACAACAUUAGUCGCGGACAGAACUGUCUUACCGUUGGCAACUGGGAUAAACCCAACCGGGGUAAAUGGGAUGAACUGGAGUGCACAACCAAGUGUGUGUGUGUGUGUGUGUGUGUGUGUGACCGUUUUAACGUUCUUUCUCUCUCAGGUGCUACCGAUGCAAAGUACAAAUAUGUGGCUAUUCUGCAACCGUCCACGUUUUUCGAAGCCUGGCAAGACUGUAACAUUAAGGGAGGCCAUCUGGCCUCGAUUGAAUCGCCCCAGGAACAGGCGCGGGUCGAGAAAGCCAUGGCCAAGGCGCGAGAUCCGCGGGCCGUAUUCUUUUUCGGCGGCACGGACCUGGGCCGCAAGGGCCGCUGGAUGUGGAUCCAUUCGAACAAGCCGAUCGGCAACGGUGGCUACACGAACUUCUUCCCCGGGCAGCCCGACAACGGUGGUGGCUCGCAGGACUGCUUGACCGUGGGCGUCGCGGACGGCUACAACCGUGGCAAAUGGGACGAUCAAAAUUGUCUGUACAGGUUGGAUGGAUACAUAUGUGCGUUCAAGUCCCCUAGUUCGAGUGCAUCUUAGCAGGAUCAGUUUACUCAAGGCGGGAGAUUUCAAUCGAUAGCAAUGAAAUGUGAUACGCAUAAAUAUGUUGCUGUUGUGUGUAUGUUUAUUUGUUUCCAUAUUCGAAUAGGAUUCAGCAGGACGCCUAUUUAAAAUACGAUGAGUCCUAAUUGCUCACUAAACUGCGUAUAGUUAUCAUGAUCAUCAGCAUAAUCGUAACCGGAAGAGAGCAGUCAUUCCGGGAAAAUAGCGGGAAGAAACAAAUUAUUCGAUUCAUCCAACAGGCAGCUCUCUCAGCCCAAUGCAAACCGUUUAGUCAAUUAUGUAAAUGACUUUCAGCACGAAGCAGACCAAGAGGCGAGAGAACUAGUUCAGGAUUCUGCUGAAAAGACGGAAGAAGGUGGGCUAACGACCACCGAGACUAUGAUAUUUUAAUAACCGAUUGCAAACACCUUCUUCCCAACUAUGAUAUCAGAACGCAUAGCCAGGGUGAAAGAGGUCCCUCCGGGAGCCGGGCAACAGGCACUUAUCAUAAACAUGACGGGUGUAUCAUAAAUCUUUCCCCUAGCGUUGUCAUAAUUA